UUAUUUUAACAUCUGUUCUCUGGCACUUUGUGGUCUGACAUGCUGAUGCCUGUAAGUUUGAGAACUCAAGCUUAAGCUAGUGAUGCUUAAUAUACAUUCAUCAGUACACAGAUUCUUAGACUAUCUACUAAUUUGUGUUAAUUGUAAUUUUUCCAAAACCAGCUUUCUAUACCUGCCCUACACACACCUUGUUUUCUAAUUUCUUUCUUUGAAUAAGAAUCACAGAAACUAUUUUUCUACUGAGUAAUCUUGUGUUCCUAAAUAUCAUUAUAGUAGACAGAUGUUUUUAAUCAAUUUCUUAUGCCAUGCUUUGUUUGCUUGAGACUAAAAGAAAUCCUGUGUACCUAGUAGAUGCUUAUAUUGAAACUUGAUAAAUCUCCUUUUCAUCUUUUCAUACAAAUGCUUUAGCCUUACAAUAAUUUCUUUAUUUGCUAGAUAAAUCAGAUAAAUAUGAUUCUAGAGAUGUGGAAAGACUUCAUCAAGAUGAUAAAUGGGUUGAAAAUUAUCUGCUUUGGCGUCAUGAUGUUGUGGAUGAUACAUUAAAGAUGAUUGAUGAAAGCUUUCAGUGGAGGAAAGAAUAUACAGUUAAUGACUUGACAGAAUCUUCCCUUCCAAAAUGGUUAUUUGAAAAUGGUGCACUCUUUCUUCAUGGAUAUGAUAAAGAAGGCUAUAAAUUAUUUUGGUUUAGAGUGAAGCAUCAUACAAGAGAUCCUAAACAGCAACUUGAAAAAAAGAAGCUGGUUGCUUUUUGGUUAGAACAUUAUGCCAGGAGAGAUCACGGAAAGCCAUUAACAGUGGUAUUUGACAUGGCUGAAACUGGAAUCAGUCACAUAGACUUGGAUUUUGUUCGUUUUAUUGUCAACUGUUUUACAGAUUAUUACCCAAACUUCCUCACAAAGAUAGUGAUCUUUGAAAUGCCAUGGAUAAUGAAUGCUGCUUUUAAAAUUGUGAAGGGUUGGCUUGGCCCAGAUGCAAUAAGCAUGUUAAAGUUCACAAAUAAGAAUGAUGUACAGGAAUACAUCAGUGGAGAGUAUCUGCCACCUCACAUGGGUGGAACUGAUUCAUUCAAGUACAGUUAUCCUCCAUUGGUCGAUGACGAUUUUCAAACUCCCUUAUGUGAAAAUGGGCCCAUUACUAGUGAAGAUGAGCAUGAAAGUAAAGAAGAGAUAGAUGUGGACACUAAGGAGACUGGGGACCUGAAUGAAGAACAAAACCUUAAUCAGAAAAAGAUGAAUUCUGUAGAACAAAUUUCCAAAUCAGAGGAAACUGACAAAACAGAGAUCAAACCAAAAAAUGCAAAGAAAGCAUUAAGCACUUUUAAAGGACCUUUAUUACAUAUCAGCCCAGCAGAAGAGUUAUAUUUUGGAUCUAAAGAAACUGGAGAGAAAAAGUGUUUGAUAGUUCUCACAAAUGUCACUAAAAACAUAGUGGCUUUUAAGGUGAGAACAACUGCUCCUGAAAAAUACAGAGUAAAACCCAGUAACAGUAGCUGUGAGCCUGGCACAUCACUGGAUAUAAUAGUCUCUCUUCAUGGUGGUUUUGCAGCUUCUCUGCAAGAUCGUUUCCUUAUCAUGGCAGCAGAAAUGGACCAGUCUUCUGGAGCAGGUGUUCCAGAACUGACUCAGUUUUGGAAAGAAGUCCCUAGGACCAAAGUGAUGGAACAUAGGCUCAGGUGUCAUGUUAUAGAAAGUAGUAAGCCUUCUUCUCUGACAUUAAAAGAGAACGCAUUUAAUAUUCCAGCAAAAACCAAUGAAGAUUUGCAUUUACAGCUAACUCGUUUACUGCAAAUUAAUAAAAGACUUCAAGAGCGGAUUGAUCGCUGCCUCUGGUUCCAGCAGUUGUCAGUUGUUUUAUCAUUACUAUCAGUUACUGUUGUUGCCUUCUGCUUCUACCUGGCAUAUACCCAGAGAAGCUAAAAAAAAAUGCUGUACACUGGAUGUGCUGUCUACCAUGGUUGGUUGCAGUGGAAGAGAUUGCAGUGAUGCGCUCAGAUUUUGGAACUGCCAAAAUGAGGUUUGUGAAACCACAACAACAAAUGAUGAUACAAUUUACUGUCAAAAGGAAAAAAAAAAAAAAGAAGACAUGAAUGACCAGCAAAGGAAAUUAAUAGAAGUUGACACUUAGACCAGGGCACGAGGAAGAUGUUAGAGCUAGGGUCUGUUUUCACAGUACAACUCAAUAAAUACUACUGAACUGGAAGGAGGAAGCUGAAUACAACAUAAUUUAAAACUGUUUAGGUUUUUUUUCUUUAUUCAACUACUUUAAACACAAUAUUUAAUUUCUUUUCUUCAUAUUCAUUCUUACAUUCUGAAUUACUCUCCUAGAAGGUACAAGCCAUUAACUUAGUGUAUUCUAAAGGUUCAUAAUCUAUGUAUAAAGGAAGAUACUUCUUAGUAAUUGUUUUGGUAAUUCAGGCUCAUUGCUUUCACCUGGUUAAAUUGGUUAUAUUUUCUGGUUUAUCUAAAUGCAAAGUUGCUGUAAAUAUUUCCUACCAAAUAACAUAUACACAGCCAUAACAACCAGGAAUAUAAUCUUUGUUUGAUUCCAAAGAUACCGGUGAAAUACUCAUGAGACACUACUCUUUUUUUUUUUUUUU